UAUUCACCACUAUUCACCACAUAAUAAGAGGAAAACUUUUUUGACAUUAACACGCAAAAACACGAGUUACAAAGCUACGAUACAAAAAUAUUGGAACAUUUGAUAAACUAUUUUUAAACAAUUAAAUCAUCACCACUGUGGCACACACAGACUAAGUUUGAAAAUAACCAAUAAACCACUGUUUGAACAAUAAUUGUGCAACAAUUUUAAAUAUAAACAAAUGCCCGUAAAAGUAUUUACACCACCUCCACCAAACAACUCCAAACAAUUAGGAGUAUUGCCUUCAACUCUAUUGUACAAUGGUUCAAAAUUCGAAGGCUCUCAGAAAUCAAAAGGCAAUAAAUAUGCAGUCGAGGUAGUGUUACAGCACGUAGACGAACAAAACUCGUAUCUCUGCGGAUACUUGAAAAUCACUGGCUUAACCCUAGAAUAUCCAAUGCUAACCACAUUUUUCGAUGGGGAAAUCAUAUCAAAACGAUAUCCAUUUCUGACCAGGAAAUGGGAUGCCGAUGAAGAAGUGGAUAGGAAACAUUUGAGCAAAUUCGCAGCAUUCAAAAGCAAAUAUGAAAAAACAUUCAAUUCCGACAAUUUCGAUUACGACAGUCUAGCAAAAAGCGACUAUGUUUUCAUGCGGUGGAAGGAACAUUUCCUGGUUCCCGAUCACACAAUAAAGGAUAUCAACGGUGCCUCAUUUGCUGGUUUUUAUUAUAUUUGUUUUCAAAAGUCCAAAGCCGAAAUGGAAGGUUAUUACUAUCACAGAUCGUCGGAAUGGUUCCAGUCGCUGAAUCUGAAACAUGUACCAGAAAGUAAUAUUCAAAUUUAUGAAUUCAGAUAAAGGGUACUCUGACUACAUACCGGUUUCAGUUGAUGACUAUCCCCAGACUUCAAAUUGUUACAAUCGUUUUUGUUUUCUUUCGUUUUAAAAUG